AUGACGGCUACAGAUAAGGAAGAUGAACUGUGGAGGAUACUUUGUGAAGUCAACAGAUGGACCGCCGUCAGGAUUGUUGGCCGUCAAAAUUCAUGCAAGGACGACACGCGAUUUUUCCUCACAUCGCUGGGAUUUCACAUCCAUGAAACAUUUGGGGGAAUAGAACAUUUGAUUGAUGUCCUAUCUGUAGAUAAUGAUGUGAGUCAGUUACUGGACUCUUGCUUCUCGUUCCUUAGAAGGCGGACAGACUUUUAUCACGUGGAUGUCGAUGGGGCAGCGCCUUACGGGCUAAAGCAGGGUGAAGCCUUUGAUAUGGUGGUUUCCACGUUCGACAAGCAUGCGCACUUGCACUUGAAAUACGAGCACGACAAGCGGAAGCACGCAGUCAAGGAGGAGGAAAAAUCCAGUCGGCAAGAAACAUCGGAGCAAAAGAUGUCGGAGCAAAAGAUGUCGGAGCAAAAGAUGUCGGAGCAAAAGAUGUCGGAGCAAAAGAUGUCGGGGCAAAAGGUGUUGGCACCGGUGACGGUCGUCAAGGCUUCUGUGGAUGGAUCAGGUUUUGAUUUGUCCCAGCGGCUGUCCGCGAGUUCAAUAGGAACCAGGAAUGGUGGGUUCGGUGACAGGUUCGCUUGGUCGCAGACGGUCAGUGAGCUCCAUCUGGAGUACCCUAUGCAGGACGUAGUGUCGUCGCCCGACGUGGUGUUUAGAGUCGGGGCGGACUACCUAUGGUGUGUCGUUGAGAGGCUGAAUUUCCACAUUAAGGACACUUGGCUCCAUCCCGUUAAACCCAGCGGCACCACCUGGGUCCUUGAAUGUGCCAGGAAUGGAGACUAUGAACCGCAACAGUCGCUCGUAAUUUACGUGGAUAAAAGUAAGAAGGGUGUUUCGUCCACCUGCCGGGGAACUAAAUGCAGAGAUCGGGGCUGCAGGGCAGUCGGGGUGGCAUUAGAUAGGUCCAUUCGUUCAGGGGCUGCUGGCUAG